CAAUCACAUGAUUAAAAAUGGCGAUGCUGUCGAGGCACACACUUGACCUUUUAUAUGUCGGUUCUCUACAGCAGUUUGCGGGAAUUGGAGCAAUUCGUUCUGCAUCCAAGACAUUGCAUGGCCCAAACCCAGGUAUAGAUUAUCGUAAACCUAUUCCUAAGGUUCAUAGGGGGCCUUACAAAAAGAUCUUGAUUAAACCUGUGAAACCAUUUAAAUCCGACUUCCACAAUCGUAGAGGGCCACAGUUGAUGGAAAAGCCAAAAUAUCCAGGUGACUGGCAAGGAUUCCCCAAGGGUAGUAUAGCAGACAACAGGCCUAUCAAGGUGACCCUAGAGGCAGGGAAGAAAUAUGCGUGGUGUACAUGUGGUCUCAGUCAUACGCAGCCAAUGUGUGAUGGCAGCCACAAAAAGUUGGAUGGAUCAUCAUUCACCAAGUCACACAUGAAAUUCCGCCCCAUUAGGUUUGAGGUGGAAGAGACCAAGGACUAUUGGCUGUGCCAGUGUAAACAAAGUGACAAUAGACCUUACUGUGAUGGGACUCAUAGAAAUGAGGACAUUGCAGACAAGAAGAAAUUUGCGACCACAGAGGAUGUGAUAGAAAACUUGUGAGAUUUAUUAAUAAAGAAAUUCAAAUAACUGUCAAACUCUGUGAGAUAGUGGAAGGGAUAUACACGAUAAAUGACAAAGGCUUGGAUUGAUUGGGUCAUUGUGAAAUAUGUUUGGGAAAUGGACUUCAAAUGUCCCAGUUUCACAGAUGUCAAGAAUAAUGUUCCUGGAAAAAUAGUCUUGCCAGUCAGUUGCCUGAAAUAGACUUCAGGGCUCCGUAUC